CGUGCGACACCGCCCACCUUGCUCCCUUCAAUGACACUUGCAAUCGCGCCGUUAUCAAACAUGCAUAACUUUAUCAGACCUCACCUUUUUCUUCGUGAUUCUCUACAGACAUUUUUACCGAAUUUGCAAGGAAGUCAAGUUGUACUUUGUGCAAACCACAAAGUUGAUGUAUUAAGUGUGAGGAGAUUUGGUGUGCUGCCUUCAACUGAUGAUAAGAAGGAAAAAGCCAUGCUUCACAGGAUGAUGAGAGUGAACCAUGCAGGAGAAUAUGGUGCCAACCGAAUCUAUGCUGGUCAGAUGGCUGUUCUCGGCAGUACACAGAUUCGCCCACUCAUUCAGGAAAUGUGGGAUCAAGAGAAAAAGCACUUGAGUAAAUUUAAUGAGAUUCUGGCUGAGAACAGAGUGCGUCCAACCCUCCUGCUUCCUUUGUGGAAUGUAGCAGGAUUUGCUCUUGGGGCUGGCUGUGCUCUUUUGGGAAAGGAAGGUGCGAUGGCCUGCACUGUGGCUGUAGAGGAGAGUAUCUCGGAGCAUUACAACAGUCAGAUCAGAGCUCUAAUGGAGAAAGAUCCUGAGAAGUACACAGAGCUGCUGCAGUUGAUCAAGAAAUUUCGGGAUGAUGAAAUUGAACACCAUGACACUGGACUGGAGCAUGAUGCUGAAUCGGUGCCUGGACAUCAGCUGAUGAAAGUAAUCAUACAGGCUGGCUGUAAAGCUGCAAUUUUUGUCUCAGAACGUGUCUAAAUAGAUUUUCUUUCUUUUUUGUUUUUAAGUAUUUAAAAAAAUAUUUUAUUGUAAUUUUAUACAUGGUCUGACUUUUAACUGUAUUUAAGAAUAAUGUAGUUACUAUAAUGUACAAUAAAUGUUUGUUGA